AUGACGCCGCGCUUCUCUCAGGCUCAGCAGGACGUGGACAUGACAGACAGCCUCUCCGUGUUUUGGAUCCAGGAGGGCAUCCAGUGCACUAAGUGUAAGAAUGAAUGGGCACUGAAGACCUCCAUAGCUCUGCUCUAUGUGCUGUGUACUCUCCUCACUAUCGCUGUUGCUGUACUUGGAUAUAAAGUGGUGCAAAGAGUUGACAGUGUGUCUGAAGGUAUCGCGAACUAUGGAGAAAAGAUAGUGGCUGUUGAGACUGAUAUGAAAAAGCUUGAUAAUCAAACGGGAGAGAAGUUGGAGAAUACCACUACAGAGAUUCAGACUAUCAAGAACAACAUUUGGACUCUUCAGAGGCAGCUGUCAGCAGUGGAGGAACACAUCCACAGUGAUCAAGUUAAGUUGAGUCAGCUGCAGAACACUGGCUCAAUCAUCCAGAGCAGCCAGGGCUCCAUCCAGGGACUGCUGGAGGCCAAUACAGCCACUUUGCACUCUGUAAAUGGAACCCUGCAGUCCUACGGCAGCACUAUUGAAGGUCUGCAGGAAGAUACGGCCAGGUUGCAGAGAGAACUACAGCAGCAGGUGAGACUCCAAAACAAAGCACUGCUCAGCAUCAGCAGCCUUAACCUCACACAGGCCCAACAGAGAGGCCUCAUCGCCGCUCUGCAGCGCUCAGUGGAUGACACCAGCCAGGCAAUCCAGAAAAUGCGCAAUGACUUUCAAAACCUUGAGCAGACAACCCGACAGACACACUCUGAUAAUGAGUGGCUUCGAAGUAAAGUGCAAACCUUGCAAAUCUUGCCGAGUAAUGCCUCAGCUCUAGCAAAGGCCAACAACGAUAGCCUUGACGAUGUGGGAUCACUGCUCACGUUUAUGGCCAACCAACUCCAGAACACUAGGAGACUGGCUGAUGCACAUGACCAAACUUUGAAGGAGAUUGUGGAUCAGCAGAGGGACUUCAUCAACCUCACUUCGACCAAGUUUGAUCGUCUGGAGGUACGGCUGGAUGAAUCAGAGCAGAGUAUGGACCGUGUGACCGGCAACAUCAGUUUCGCCACGCAGCUCUUGGGUGUCAUCAACCUUAACCUGAAUGAGUUACGUACUUGUUCUGAGGCAGUUGGUCUUCACUCAGACUUCUUGAUAAACCUCAACAGCAGUAUGACAGAUGUGCAGACAGAUGCAUCCAGUCUGAGGUCGCACCAGGACAAACUGGCAGCACGUCUGGAUAAGGAGGUCACCAACCUCUCUAUUGUCAUGGAGGAGAUGAAACUGGUGGACACCAAGCACUCACAACUAAUAACCAACUUCACGAUUUUACAAGGUCCUCCUGGUCCCAGAGGGCCAAGAGGAGACAAAGGACCUCAGGGACAACCUGGUCAGCCUGGCCAAAAGGGAGAGAAAGGGGAAAGGGGUGCUCCAGGGUUACCGGGACCCAAAGGAGAGCAGGGUUUUCCUGGACCACCAGGUCUGCCAGGGUUAAGAGGUCUACCAGGCACAACUGGUGGCCCUGGAUCCAAGGGCUCCCGAGGGUCAGGAGGCAGGGCUGGACCCCCUGGAACUAAAGGAGACCCAGGUACUGCUGGUUUGCCUGGAAGAGAUGGACAGCCUGGCCCUCAGGGGGUACAGGGCCCACCAGGUAUCAGAGGCUCAGUGGGACCCGCCGGAGCGCAGGGGCCAAGGGGUCUGCCGGGACUAGUGGGGCCCCCGGGGCCUGCAGGGCUACUAGGACAACCAGGAAUCCCAAUGUGGGCUCCAGUUAUUUCUAUGGGCCCUGUGUCUCUGCAGGAUGAGGCUGUAGCUCCUACGCUGUGGGCCCUGGGAUGCUCCGUUGAGUGGGUAAACCACAGAGACAAGUGCUACUUUUUCUCCAAAGACCUGCACAGUUUUGAUGAUGCAAAAGCAAUGUGUGAAUCAAAGUCCGCUUUACUGCUGAUCAUCAAUGAUAUGGAGGAACAGAAAUGGCUAGAGACACAGACAUUUGGAAAGGGUUAUUUCUGGAUUGGUCUGACUGACAGGGAGGAGGAGAAUGUGUGGCACUGGCUGGAUGGGACUCAACCUGCUUUCAUGAAGUGGAAACCAGGUCAACCUGACAACUGGGGCCAGGGGAACCAACUGGGAGAAGACUGUGCGGGUCUCAUCCAUGAAGGGUUAUGGAACGAUUUCUUCUGUGAAGAUCUCAUAAGCUACAUCUGUGAGAAGGAAAUGGAGACUUGUACCAAGACCAUAGCGAUGUCUUGA